AUUCCGCAAGCAUCAUCCGAGUCAUUCAACUUCCAGUACGGCUAUGGCGACGAGUUUUGGGAGUCAAUGGAGAUCAGUUCAUCUGAUGUGGAGAUCAUUGAACCACCACUGCCUGAAGUCAUCGAGAUCUCAUCAGACAGCACGGUGGCCAUCAACAUUGUCGACAUCAGUUCUCGAGAGAACAGUCCAUGGAUCCCAAUGCCAGCUUGGAGUCCAGCGUUCUCACUUGGAGGAUCUCUCGAUUUCAGCAUGGAAAGUAUUGGGCAAUCCUCUGACCCAUACUACGAGUACCAUUACUCGCCAAUGCCAACGGAGUCAUCACUAACCGAUCCGGAAGUCGGAAAAGAAGCAAGGGAAGUGAAUAUGGAAGUUCAACAAGAAACCAGAAAGGAAGAUCAGAUGAUGGAGAGUACUCAGAAUGGGACGACCAGAACAAGUGGAGCUCUAGGAAGACAAGUUGAGAAAGGAAGUACUAGUGGAGGACCAGCCUCAAAUGUUGAAGACUCUCGUGAUGUUCCAACCGGGAAGGGAUGCAAUAUGUGUGGAGCAGUUGACCAUCGCACUUGGGUGUGCACUAGGAUUAAGAGUCAGCCAGAUUUGAGUGCUUAUCUGAUCUGCAGUUCGUGUGAAACUCGUGGACACUUCGUCGCAGACUGCCCAUUGAACAGCGUGAAUCGAGCCGUACCCAUCUCCGUCGUUCCCCCUGCCAGCCUUGCCCGAUCGGCCUCAUCUGCAACAGAAGGUUCAAACUGUAGAAACCUUGACCAAUUUAGGAACCCCCUUCGUUGAGCUCGUGUGAGCUAAGGUAGUUGGGUGCUGAUCCUUCUCUUUGUGUGUUUUGAUUGUUGUGUUGUAUUGCUUUGUUUUGUUGUUGUGUUGCGUGUGCAACCUUCUUUGUUGUGUGGUGUGUGGACUUUAUGUCCUAGUAGCAAGUGUAGUUCAGUAUGUAGAUCUUGCUAGGUUGUGGUAGUUAAGUUUUGAUUUUGGAAAACCUUGUUUUAAACUUCGAUUUUAGAAAACCUCGUUUUAAACUUCGCUUUUGUUUAGUUUAGAGAGUAAACCCUAGAGUUUAGGAAACCAAACCCUAUUUAUAGCCAUGAGAUGUCUUGUGAGUGGAUGUGGUGUCAGAAGGACACGAACCUUGACAAGGUGUAGUCAAGAAAGACUCGUGCAUGAAUGAAGAAAAUCUAGAACCAUAGGCGACCGUGGUAAAGACCAGCAGUAAGUGUGCAAGAGUUCAGAGUCGCCAGUGCAUAGGUUCAGAGUCGUCAGUGCGUAUGUCCAGAGUCGCCAGUGUGAAGAUUCAGAGUCAUCAGUGCAAAGGUUCAGAGUCGUCAGUGCGCAGGUUCAAAGUCGUCAGUUUGAAGAUUCAGAGUCGUCAGUAGUGAGCAGAUUCAGAAAGCUUACGGGCAUGAUUGUUCUUGGGAGAACAAUUUUGGUACAGUCGUGUACGGUGAGUGCAAGACCAAAGCAGUCAGUGGUCGAGCUAGCGAAGAAGUAACCAAGACAGUAGUGGAAGCAUGAAGACUAGAGUAUAUUGUGUGUCUACAAUGGUGAUACCUCAAGGAGUCGAAGAUAUUGAAGAGCAAAAAGCCGAAGAGCCAGAGAAGAGAUGUCAAGUGGAAGACUAAUCUGAAGAAGUCUAGUGGUGAAGCCCGAACGGUGCGAAUCCAAGAGAAAGAAUGCGUCAAGAAUAGAAGAUGAAGUCUAAUCAAGCGUAAGAUCAGAAAAGGAUGAUAGGAGUUGAAGAUGAAGCCCAAACAAGGAGGUGGUAAACAAUCACGACGAAGUCGUUUCCAAGGAGGGGUGACAAGAAUGCAAGUUCCGAGUGAAGAAAUUAUUGAGUUGAUCGCAUGACAAGUUACAAAUGGUGGCAUCAGCAGUAAGGAGGAAGCGAAUAAUAGAAGCAGAUAGUGACAUCGACAGCAGCAAACCAAGGAACAGAUCGAGGAAGCCGAAGCAAAAUUCAUAAGGUGGUAGCAGAGGAUGGAAGUACCUUUGUGAAUUCGAGGAUGAAUUCAUUUUAAGGAGGGGAGAAUAUAAUACCCCUGAUCAAGGGUAUCAAGUCAACGCAAAGUCAACGACGUAGGAUCGACCAGCAAUUGGAGUAAUAUGCUAUAGGGAGUUAUGACUAGAGGUUCGAUCGAGGAGUUUUGAAGAACGGUCGAGCAAAAAUCAGAUUGGAUCGCAGAGAUAGGAUCUGAGCCACAAAGGCGUCAUGGCCGAACAUGGAGAAUUUCUAAGGUCGACACUUCAAGCAAGACUCAAUCUCAAUCAUCACGAUGGGAUAGUAGAAGACAUAUGGUCGAAUCAGAAUCAACUUUGGACGAGCUCAUAAAAGAGAUGGUCCGUAGAGAUUUCAGAGAUGGUGUACAUAGAAGUUUGGUAAUGGCCAGAAGACGAAGAUGGCUACAAUCAAUCCAGGAGUUAGGGAGUCAACCUAGAAACCUUACCUAAGGCAUUUGAAGACAUAUUCGAGAGUUUGUUCAAGACAAAAACAAGGCGUUCCACAAGAAGAUCAAGAUAGGCCGGAAGGAGACGGUUUUUGCCGAUAUGGUCGAAACGAGCUAGCUGAAGACAAAGGAAGCCAAAUGGAGUUGUGAAAAAAUGGAAAGGAGUUCCAAGGAAUGUUUUACACAUUUCCUAAACUUUUGGAAAUGGUCAACUCAGGUGUCAAAGUCAACCAAAGUCAAAAGGGAGAGAAUGGACCUCAUUGGUCCAUAUAACCCACCUGGUCAACCAAUAGGAGCAUGCCACGUGGAGGAGACCAAAUUCCUUCAAUCCUGGGAAUCAUGAGGAAUAAAUCAAGAGAUUAUAUGGUGAUGAAAUCAGGUGAAAAAGACUUCUAGAGAGCAAGGAAACAUGAAGAUACCAUUUGUACCCGAAAUGGGCUAUAAAUGGAAAUGGAGGCUAUGGACUGAAGAAUGCUUAUCUACAUCAAACCCACGACAUCUAAGCUUCAUUUAGGACCCAGGAGAAGUAUUGGAUUGGGCUGGAGCACAAGUAAAACUGAUUUGAAGAUUGAAGACCCAAAGGUGCCCAAAAUGGUCAUUUUGGCGGUUUGGUUAAUGGAGGAGAAGGCUAAUGGGAACAUGUCAGGCACGAAAACGCCCAUACAGUGGCUCUUCCUACACACAAUUAGGUAUACAGGAGCAAGAGGAACUAGCCUUAGGAGUAGCUUGCACAUGUGUUAAGCAUGGAGGCCACUUUUGAGCUAAAAAGUGAUGAGGUGGAAACCAAACUUCGGAAUCGAGUUUCGUUCUUAUUUUUGGUACAGAGAACUUACUUGGGAAAGUGAUUUUACUUCCAGAAGAUGGGACGUAAGUGGUUAGAUUUAAAUUAACUUCAUGCACAAGUGUCUUUGGAGUGCAUUUUGGUGACAAGUGUUGUAACACAUGUGAUGUGUUCCCACCCGUCUCUUUGGCUAUAAACAGAACCCUUAGGAUGAUUUUUAGAAGUUCAUAACCCCCCUGUGCCUUCUCUCUCAGUCGUUCUUAUAGUUUAUUUUUGAGAGAGAAAAUGGCCAAAACCGAUAAAAUUUUAUAAAAGAGUGUAGAUAGUGUAGAAGCCUUUUGCGUGUGUUUAUCCUUGUCUUAGGAUCUGAUUUUCUCUUCUAGGAGAGGUGGUAAGACCUUAGAAUUCGUGUUCAUAGGUUCCUUCCCUCUUUUGGCCCUAAGCCUCUUUUUAAUCGGUUUUAAUGUCAACCUUAGGUCUUUCGCUUUCGGAAGUGUUUUGCGGCUUGUGAAGACCUAGGUGGGUUUCCCUGUGUGUGUGUGUACUAACCGUGUGUGUGUGCAGGUUAGAGAGCUUGAGCCGUGAGGGUUCAUAACCUUGAACCUCUCUCGCGGUUUGUUUGUGUGUGUAUGGGAGUUGGUAAAACCCAUACUUGAGAGUUUAAUUAUAUUGCAUGUGUAGUUAUAGUUAUUGCAUGUCUUGUUUUGUUGUUGUUGAUAUGCAUUGUGUUGUUAGGUUGUUAGAUUGCAUUCAUUGUUAGUUUUGUAGUUGCAUAUGUUAGUUUGUUGUGUCGCAUGUAGAUUUGAGUGAAACUCACUCAUGGUGGUUCAUAUGCAUUGCAUGUAGUGUAGUUGGGGUUUGCGUUGAGAAUUGAGUAAGACUCUCUCUUAUGCUGGGUUGUUUAGUUUGUCACUCGCUAGAGUAGUUUAGGAUCGAGUCUAGAUUAGGUGUUGCAUGGAGGUUAGAAAUGUAGCUUCGUCAUGCUAGUGGAUUCGUGUGUUUUGGUCUAGACUAGGGCGAGUGAGCGAGUGUGUCUCGCAUUCAGUCUAGAUGUGUAUCGCGUGUUAGUUAGAGGUAGAGCUGCCUCACGCUAGUUUGUGUUGUGAUCCGUCUAGACUAAUGCUUGAGAGUGUGUGGCCAUCUCGGAGUUAGAUUGGGAGAAGCCUGAUUCUCCGGUGAUGUGUGCGAGCCAUGGGGUUAGGUUGGGAGAAGCCCAAUUUUCCAGUGGUGGAGUGACCUACUCUCCACGGCUUGUCACGUGAAGUGGGUCGCGCCCAUGGACAAGCGCUGCAUGACGAUGCGGCCCGGGUUAGAUUGGGAGAAGCCUAAUUCCCGGAGUGAUCUUUUCCGGCCAUGUGACUUGUGUGUUUGUAGUCGGGAGUGUUCAGGGUGGAGAGGUGAAGGGCUCCGUGGUGUGAGGGAUCCCGGGAUGUGUAGCUUCGCUCCAUCCUUUGAGUGUUUUAUUUUAUUUUUAGUCUAGUCGAGUCUAGGAUUGAGUCUAGAGUGUCGUAGAGUUAGUGUCUAGGGUCUCGGGGUGAGACUGGGGUGUAGAUUAGUAGCAUUGCAUUCAUGUGUAGAGUAGUUGCAUUGCAUUCAUGUUUAAGUUAUUGCAUUGCUUUAUUUAUUGCUUGUUUACUUUUCCGCACUGCUUGCUUGUUUGUAUUGCUUGUGUUUGAGCAAAGGGAAAAGGAGUCGUUGUUAUUUUAUUUGGAAACUCACUAAGUAAUCUAUGAUUACUUAUUCCCCCUUUACUUUGCAGGUAACCUUAGAGGGUCGGGCGUUAGCUGGGUGUGGAGGACGAGGCCAUGCGUAGUUUUCCGGUGUUGUUUGCAAGGAGCAAGAUGUUUAUAUUUUCUCUCGUUUUGAUUUUCAUGGGUACCCGUUUGACUUGUUAUUUUCUGUUUGUUUUUAUAUUUGAAAACAUUAGUCGAGUUCCCGACUCUGUAAAAUUAAUAAAAGUAUGUUUUAUUUAAUAAAAUCCCUGUUGAACGCUGA